AUGCUUGGAUCGCAGGGAGAGAGCGCGCGCGCGAUGACAGAUCGACAGGAGCACUUCCGCCAGGGUUGCGCAAGAGGUCGUGAGGCACGCAUCCCCUUGCACCCCCGCCCUGCGAGCACGUUCUUAUUGACGAAGGCUGAGGACCCGCUGGAUGCACCAAUGAGGGAUCCUGAAGUACCACCCACAACCGUGAAAAACAUCGUCCCGGCUUCAGCUCCAACGGCCCCAGUUUCACCCAAUUGGACUCAGCUGUCAGACGGUCUACGAGCUCUCAUCUCUACCACGGAUUCUCUUCCAAUCAAUGUUGUCCCCCUGCGAUACUCGUCUAUGCAUCAUAAGCCACUUCAGCUGCAUGGACAAAAGCUCAAGCGCAGUAUCGAGAAUGGCAGCAUUCGGGGGCUCCGAUACAAUGCCAGCAACCAAACUGUAGAGCUCGAGGAGACGCCAAUUGCAAGCGUGAGGGAAGCUAAAGCACCUGUCCAAACCACGGGCAAGACAACCCCAACGACAAAAAAAGCAGCUGCAGCCAAGACAGCCCCGUCAAACCCUGGCUCGCCCGAUUGGACGCACCUCUCAAGAAGCCUACAAGCGCUGGCAAUCGCCAAAGGGCCACUCUCACUCUCUGAAGUCGGCCAGGCGUACAAGUCCAAGUAUAACAAUACUCUCGACUUGCGUGGCCACGAUCUGAGAGCCAGUCUCGUCAGUGGUGACCUGCAGGGGGUUCGAUACAACGCGAGCACCGGUAAGCUCGAGAUCGAUGCCACGCGGGGGGGGGCUACCCGGACAACGAAAUCGCCAGCCGCACUCCAGCCGGCAAAGCAGCGAACCCGAAAAGAAACUGCCGCAGCAAAGAGCCAUGCUGCCGUCGAGGGUCAGACGCGACCCGACUCGGACUUUAGCGAACGCCAACGAUCGGCGCCGGUCACAGAGGAGACUUCCGCCCCGACCCAACCCCCCUACCUCCUGAUCGACAGCUCGAGUUCUUACAAUACGGCACUGGCUACCCUUUCUCUCGACGGAGCUCUCGGUCGCACCUUGCAGCAGGUCUGCAUGGGGAGCAUGGUAGUAGUGCACCUCAGCGGGCGCCAGCUUGGGUCUGAACACGGAUCUAUUUCGCUCAUCAAGGUCGUGGGAAAAAUAUCGCGUCCGCCGGUCCUCUUUGACGUUGUGGAGCUCAGCAAGACUAAGACUCGCCAGAACUUGUUGCUCAAUAAGCUGUCCCCGCUGUUCGCAGACCAGCGGUCGACAAAGGUGGUGUACGACUUCAGCAACAGCGCGAUUGCCUUGCGGCGUCAGUUUGGCGCGGGGUUCACGAUUGGUAGAAUCCUGGACCUCCAGCUGGCCUUUGAAGCUCUCCACGGGCGCUUCGGUGCGGAUGUCGUGACAGUCUUGAGAGCUUUCGGGCAGCAGGUUUCCUACAGCGACGCCGCCUUCAGGGCACUCAGCUGUGAAGAAGCGUCAACCAUGAGGCGACCUAUUGACACGACAACAUUGGGCUUGGCGGCACAGCCAGUCUUAUCGCUUGCCAAGGUCACGGAAAGCGCCGUCUUGAGUCUGUCCAAGAAAAGGCAAAAGGACAUCGUGCUGGAAGCUUCUCAGGCCAGAGAGAAGGUCGGGCUAUCGGCUCCUUCGGGACAGGCGCUGUCCUCGAACGCGACACCGGCUGUCAUCGGCGACAACGACCCCACGUACGUCCCAUUGUCGGGCCUAGAAUUGGGGGAGCAGCUUCGCGUCCGAUGCAAAAUGUAG